UUCAUUUGUGAGCUCACUUAUUUGAUUUAUGACGUUAUGAUUGGUCACUAUAUGGCCAUGAAAAGGCGAACAUCUGUAUCAUUAGUCUUUCUGUUGCUUGUCAACGUUUGCACAUGCACAAAGUCCAGUGAAGGCAAGCAAGAUCUACCGCAUAUUUCACAUGCGCCACAUGUCCAAACCCUGGGCUCAGACGCUCAGGGUGUCAUCAGAUGCGAGGUCAGCGGCAACCCCCCACCACCGGCCCCGCGCUGGAAAAGGGUUAUGGGUAAUAACGAAGAACUCAUCACUGACUCGGAACGUUAUGAAGUGCUGAUCGCGGGAGGACUGAGGAUAGAGAAUGUCCAGGAAUCAGAUGCGGGAAGUUAUAUCUGCUACACUGCGGCGAGAGGGGUCUGGGUCGAUCGUCAGAUCACACUUCGUGUACUAGUAGAUCCCUCCAAGAAGACCAAGUCCCACGCAAACCCGUACCGCCUGGCUCUGUUCAUUACACUCGGUAUCUGUGGAGGGAUUAUAUGCGUAGUCGCAGUAGACUUGGCUUGCUUCCUAUGCAAUCGAGCCGGAGUUAUCAACUUCCUGUGUAACAAAUACUCCAAUAGAUAAAGUGCCAAACAUGUGCAAUGCUUGCGGAAUAAAAAAACAGUUGAUUGAAAAA